CUUCUAUGUAUGACGUAAUAUUUAUGGGACGAUACUUCUGACGUAUAAUUUCAGCGCCAUUAAGACUCACACCGAGCGAGUUGCAUACAAUACAUCAUGGAACUCCAUGGCAUGGAUGAAGAAAUAGGUUUCUGAGGGUUAUAAUGCUUUUAGCAGCAGCACAUUAAAGUCGGAGGUUUCACAUGGAUGAGGACAUUGCAAGACGUCAGAUCCGGAACAGGUGACUCGUGUGUGUGCACGUGUACAGUGUGGUUGUUGGUGUGGUGCAGAGAUGACUUCUGCUAUCCUCUCAGCGAUCUCUGUCCUCACCAAACCCGUCGCUGAGUCGUCCUUGCAUGAUGCUCCAUCCUCACAGCAGGAGGCCCUCCUGGGGGCCCUGCAGGCCAACAGAGCCAUUCUCUGGGAGCAGCUGCAGACUGAGAGCAGCUUUGAGGGGGUGAGGAGGCUGAGGGAGGAGGUGAGGGCUGGGUCAGACUGGUUCUCCAGCGAUACAGAAGAUGUCCCCUGGGGCUUUGUCCAGGAGUGUCUCCUCCUGCUGCUCACCUUAGGACGACACCUGUCUGCUGAACUGGAACGGUUCAGGGAGACCCCUCGUCCAUCUGCAUCUAAACUCCGCACCCCUGAAAUGGCUCCAGCUUUACCUCCUGAUGUCCUCAGUGUCACCCAGCAGAAGACGCUUGGAGCAGCUUUUCAAUUUGUGGUUUCCUUGGGACUCUGCCCAUACUUGGCCCCUGGAGUGGGCGUGCCACUGGGUCGCAGGUCAGCGUUUGGAGCCAUGGUGGAAAAAGUUUUUCAUGCUGUUCCGGUGCCAGCCGCUGGGCGCCGCCUUCUGACCACCAUGAAGGUUCUCCUGCAGCUGGCAGAGCUAUCCUGUCUCGCCACGUUGGUGUUCACUCGCCAUCUGGGGGACGUGAUGGCUGCUCUGUGCCAGCUGGGCUACCAGCCCCGGCGAGAGGAGAAGAUGCAGGACCUCAGUCCUGAGGAAUGUAAAACUUGCAAGGAGGCCCUCAAAAAGCUUCUAAGAAAAAUCUACCAGCCAAUCGUUAUCACGGAGCUGCUGAUCCUCCAGGGUGGACCCAAACAGUCUGCUGCAGUGGGAAGCUGCAGAGGAUCUGCCAGGGGGUCAGCUCCUGGAUCAGCUCCUGGAUCAGCUCCUGGGUCAGCUCCUGGAUCAGCUCCUGGGUCAGCUCUGAGAUCAGCUCCGGCCUGGCUGAGGUGUCUGUGUGGUUGGCUGCUGUCUGAGCGCCUGAUGCAGCCUAAAGGGGUCCAGGCUGUAGUCAGAGCUAUCUUGGAGGGAGGAAUGGGGGGCGAGUCCGACUGGAGGAAAUGUGAAGCUGUGGCCUGGAUCCUGGUGACCCCCCCCCAGCAGUGUGCCUCAGCAGACAGCUACUUCACACACGUCUGUCCUCAGAUCCUUGACCUCCUGCACUUUAAGGACCAGCUGACGGCCCAGCAGUUCCAGCGAGUGGCCACCAGGUCUCUGCUGCUCCUGGUGCAGGAGGAGCCCGGCGCGGCCCGCCAGCACCUGCUCACUCCUCUGCUCUCACCCCUCCACCGCUGCACCCCCGCCUCCAAUGAGGGUCAAUCCCAAGCUGCUGUGGAGGAGUGUGAGCUGUCCCAGUGUGUGAGUGAUGUGUACAAGAUCUGGGUUGUUGGGAACAGUCCGUCAGCGUCCCUGCUGACAGCUCUGGAGGAGGUUCUUCCUGUUGUCUUCACACUCUUCUGUUUCACCAAGCAGAAUGUGUCCCACCUCCGCGCCCCCUGUCAGGAGAUCCUGCUGAGGUACCUGAGCCACGCUGAGCCGUCUGCAGCUCUGUCAGCCCUGAGGCAGCUUUCAGGUCUGCAGGGACAGAGGAGCGGGGGGGCAGCGGACCUGCUCUUCACCCCCGGCAGUGAUGGAGGAGCCAGGCUGAGCUGCAGAGAGCGCUGCAGUGAGGAGGACGAUGCUCUGUAUGAGAAGCUGUCCGGAGAGCAGUGGAGGCUGGAGGUUCUGAUGCAGCUGCUGAAUGAACUCAAAGACUCGGACCUGCCCGGAGACUUCUUCCUGGAGCUGCUGCAGGGGCUGGCCAGCUGUGCAGCUGCAGUGGAGGAAGAGGAGGAUGAGGAGGAGUUGGGGGUGUCGACCAUGACUCUCCUGGAGGUGGAGCAGCAGGUGCUGGGGGCUGCUGCGAGACGGGGCCACAGACUGGCUCUGCUGCAGGUGCUGGCUAUGAUGGUGGAGUGUGUGCAGCACACAGUGCUGCUGAGGAAACCUUCACAG